UUCUCUGUUCGAAAGAUAAAAUCGGCACUGUCAUUUUAAUAUCAUUUGUCGUCAGUUAAUUUUCGGCAGAAAAGUGUGGCCGCCCGGUGCGUUUCCAAACGUUUAGAAAGAAGUAAAAAGUUAGUGGGUUUGUGUUCUUACGGUUUGAAAAUUAAAAACGCGGAAUAGCUUGUUAAAUAUUAAGUCAUGGCUGCAAUGUCGGUUAUUGGAAUUGAUCUAGGAAAUGAAUCCUGUUAUAUUGCCGUUGCAAAAGCAGGUGGCAUAGAAACAAUAGCUAACGAUUAUAGCUUAAGGUCCACUCCAUCGUACAUUGCGUUUUCCGGAAAGAAUCGGAUUCUCGGGGUCGCUGCCAAGAAUCAACAAGUUACAAAUAUGAAAAAUACAGUUUAUGGCCUAAAGAGACUUAUAGGAAGAAAAUUUAGAGACCCUCACGUUCAAAGGGAAAUUCAAAUGCUACCUUAUAACGUUUUGGAAGAUAAAAAUGGCAGCAUUGGUAUAAAGGUCCACUACUUAAAUGAAGAACACACCUUCUCUCCCGAACAAUGCCUAGCGAUGUUACUGACAAAACUGAAAGACACUGCUACUACCGCCCUUCAGACGCCCGUUAACGAUUGCGUCAUAUCGGUACCAUCUUAUUUUACGAACAAUGAGAGGAAAGCCCUGCUGGAUUCUGCAGCAAUUUCUGGGUUGAAUGUGCUGCGGCUUUUCAACGAGACGACCGCGACAGCUUUAUCGUACGGUAUUUACAAGCAGGACUUGCCAGGCACGGAGGAGCCGCCUCGCAAUGUGGUCUUCGUCGAUUGCGGUUACGCCUCGCUGCAGGUGUUUGCCUGCGCAUUCAACAAGGGCAAGUUGAAGAUGCUGACGUCAUCCUCGGACCCGAACCUCGGCGGCAGAGACAUAGACCGAUUGUUGGCGGACCAUUUCUCCAAAGAUUUCCAACAAAAAUACCACGUCGACGCUAAAUCCAGCCCGAGGGCGUACCUGAGGCUGUUAACCGAGGUUGAGAAAUUAAAAAAGCAAAUGUCUGCCAACUCGACUACGUUGCCUCUCGCCAUCGAAUGCUUCAUGAACGACAAAGACGUCAAGAGUGAAAUGAAGAGGGCGGAUAUGGAGGCGAUCUGCGCUGGGUUGUUUCAGCGAGUGGAGAGUACAAUGAGACAGUGUUUGCAAGCGUCCGGUUUAUCCCUCGACAAUAUAUACGCCGUGGAAAUAGUAGGCGGUUCGACUAGGAUCCCGGCGAUCAAGGCGCUCAUAGAGAAGGUGUUCAAUAAACACGCGAGCACCACCUUGAACCAAGACGAGGCCGUGAGUCGCGGCUGCGCAUUGCAAUGCGCAAUGCUAUCGCCGGCGGUUCGUGUCCGCGACUUUAACGUAACCGACGUUCAGAAUUACCCGAUUCAUCUUUCGUGGGACUCGAGCCCUAGCGGGGAAUCCGCUGGCGAGAUGGAAGUAUUCCCGGCGAACCACGCCGUACCGUUCUCCAAGCUGCUGACGUUUUAUAGAACCGAAGCGUUUUCAGUGAAGGCCUUCUACGGCGGGGACAUUCCGUAUCCCGACAAGAACAUAGGCACGUGGGUGGUGAAGGACAUCAGGCCGAGUCGCGACGGUAAAUCUCAAAAGGUGAAGGUGAAGGUGCGAAUCAACCUCCACGGUAUAAUGACGGUCUCGAGCGCGUCGCUCUACGAAGCGAAAGAAUCUCCCGAGCCGGAAUCUCCGGACUCGAAGCAGCAGCAGCAAGACGGGGAGGCGGACCUGAAAGAAAAUGGCGGCGCGGAACAACAGAACGUAGACGCGCCGAUGGCGGACGAAACCGCCAACGGGGCGGCGGCGGCGGCACCAGAGGUAGGCUCCGGCAGCAGCUGGACGAAGAAAAUAUCAGCCUGGUUCAGCGGGGACGGCGGGGACAACAAGAAAAAACUGGCCAAGUCGGUGGAGUUGCCGAUCGAAGCGCUAACUUUCGGCUUUUCGAACGUCGAGAUAAACAAGUUUACCGAGCAGGAGUACCAGAUGAUCGCGUCCGACAAGCAGGAGAAGGAGAGGGCGGACGCACGGAACGCCCUCGAGGAGUACGUCUACGAGCUGCGCAACAAGGUUUCGUCGAACGACGAGCUCGGCCAGUUCAUUUUGGAAUCCGAUCGGGAUGAGUUGGUGAGGCGGCUCGACGACAUGGAAAACUGGCUCUACGAGGAGGGCGAGGACUGCAACAAGCAGGUGUACAUCGAUAAAUUGGCCAACCUGAAGGUUAUGGGGGAACCAGUUCAGCAGCGCAGGCUCGAGCACGAACUGCGACCCGCCAUAGUCGAGGAUUUCGCCAAGUCGCUGCAGCUUUGCAUGAAAGCAUUGGAGCUUAUCAGGAAAAAAGAUCCCAAAUAUGGGCACUUGACCGGCGACGAAGUCAACAGCGUGGAGCAAGCUUUCAACCGAUAUUACCAGUGGCUGGAGGACAGCAGGGGCAAGCUGCAAAGCGCGCCCAAACAUCUGCCGCCACCAAUCACGAUCGCCCAAAUACGACAGGAGAAGGGGAGUUUCGAAUCGACGGUGAACGCAAUCUUGAACAAGCCCGCGCCCAAGGCGCCCUCUCCCCCGAAAGAAACCCAAGAACAACAGCAGAACGCGGAACAGUCGGGCGACAAGCUGAGCAACCAGCAGCAGCAGGACAACAUGGAGUGGUCGUCCACUUAACGCGUCCCGUUGUAUACAUAUAUAGGGUGGUAAUGGUCGAUGUGCAAAGAUUUGCGACGUCCAGUAUUGUCGGAGUAGUCCGAUCGAAAGCGAAUCUUUGCAUCGCGAAAUGUCGAGCCUUUUGCUUAGGUUAACGUGUUAAUUAUUAAUUAUAUGGCUUUGGUCGUCGUCGUCCCUUAAUAGAAAAAAAAUAAUAUAAUAAAUAAUAUUUCGCAGUGGCGGCGAGUGGGAGGCGCGACGACCCUCUUAAUCUUGGUCGAGCCCGUUUCUCGCCCUCAAAAUGGCCGCCGUCUUUGUGGCGGGCAUGCGCGGAAUCGUAAAAACAGAACAACAUUUUUUAUUGGCUUUUCCUAAUGAAAAUUUGGCAAUUGUCAGAAAAUCGGAAAACUUUAUUAAAUGCGUCCCAAAAUGCACACUUUUAAUUUAUAUUUUUCCAAAAUUGGGGGUCCUUGGUCUUUCCAUUCCUGCUAACCCAGCAAGUUGUUUCCUUUAAAAUUGGCCUCUGUUGAUCGUUGAAGCUCGUUUUACGUGAGAGAAAAACUCGGUUAAUAAUCGAAAUUACCGAAAUUAUAAAAGCACACUUUUUAUUGCCUUUUUCUAAAAAUAAACACAUUUUAAUAAAUGUCGGAAACUGGUCAUAAAUCUGAGGUUUUUAAAGGAAUAAUUAGUACUGUAACAUAUAAAAAUUUCAUUAAAUGAGGCCAGAGUGAUUUUUCGCCCUUUUGAAGGGAAACUGUCUAAUGGAUUUAAUGGUUUCUGUUUCUGUUUAUUAGUUCUCGGCAAAAAAAAAGAGUUAUAAAUUAUUGUUUUUCUUCCAACAUUUUUCCAGGCACCCAUCGUAGAGUUUUCUGAGGUUUCAUCCCAAGCUGCUUUUACGUUUUCUACGGCAUUUAUGUGUUUUUUUUUUCAAAAUUAACCAAUUGAAGGAUGGUCUCUCCAUUCCAGCUAAUUUAGCAAGUUGUUUGGAAGGACAAGCGAGGUAGUUUGCUUUAACAUUGGUAAUUAUCCCUUGAUCCAUUGGUUAAAUUAUAGAAAACAAACUACCUCAACAGGUUUUCCGGGUUUCCAAAUUUUCUGACUGACCUCUACCUCGACCUCGACCUUGUGCUUUAUAUAAUAACAACCUUUUUAAUUUUGAUUUCUGUUACUCACAGUAAGGUUUUUGCAAAGGAACAGCAAUGCUCAGUUUCGUCUUCACUCAUUUCUCUUUCCUCUGCUUAAUCAACUCGUACUUGCCAAAAAUGUUCCCGAGAUAUAUUUAUAAUUAAACUUGUUAAGCGGAGUUUGGUUCUCAAUCCAUUUAUUCGAAGGUAAUAUAACAUUUAGGCAUGCUAUAAAAAGACGUUUCACCUGAGAGAAAAAUCUGCGUAAUAAGUAAAAAUAAAUAAAUUACAGAUGGUUUUAUGUAACUCUUGCUUGGCUUUAGCUUUGAAGAAAAAAAAAACGUCAAAAAAAAAACGUCCAAAAAUGUUAGUUUUCCAUUUCCACUUUUAAAUAUUUUUUUAAAUGUUACUUUCUAAAAAUAAAUUAAAUAUAGUAAUUAGCGACUUAAUAUAAAUCGGACGAAGUUCUAUAGCAUAAGAAAAUUUCAUUAAUUUUUGCACUUACAUGGUGGCCAAAAAACCUUUUAAAGGGAAACCUCCUUGUUAAACAAAAACUGAAUUGUAAAAACCGCACAUGGAUAUCUGUUUGCGUUCCCCAGAGUGUUUUUUGAAAAUUCGCGUUUUUAAUAAAAUCACUGUAACUAAGUUUUGUGUUUCCAACGCAAUUUAUUAGUUUCAAUAUAACAUUCUUAAACCUAAAUCAUUCACGUUCUGAUAGAAGUUGGACAGUGCGACCAUAUUACAGAUGACAAUUAGGUGGGCGUGGCCCAAUUCCGAUGUCCCAUAUACAAAAUCCGUUGAUAAUCAAUAAAAUUAGUAGUUUUAAAAAUAUCGUAUUGAAAGCAUUAAAUGUCGCGCAAAACGUUGUUUUCUUUUUAAAUUGCUUAUUUUUCAAAACCUUUUGACUCUGGAACGGAAACAGAUACCAUCAAGUAUUUUAGGAGAAUCGAGCUCCAAACCUUGACAUUAGUUUUGGUUAGUUUUCAAAAAUUGGAUCAUCUGUCUGUGCGCAUGCCCCCAAAUUAAAGUUGCGGCAAUUCUUAAAAAAAAUUGCGAAAGUGAGAAACGGGCUUAUUAGUCAACGUGUUUUAUUGAAAUUUGUUCCGCCUUAGUCACACGUGCAUUUAAACACAACACAAUAUUUUUUUUUUACUUAGCCCCGCCACAUUGACGUAUUAAUCUUAGUUUUUGGUACGUUUCUUUUUGAUUCAGUUUAAUAAAAAACCGA